AUGUUUACACCCAAUGAAGAGCACUCGGUAGCCAUGCAGGAAGGCGAGAACGAAAAAGAGAAAGAUGAAACGGCAUCAGAAAAAAAGAAAAGAGACCAAAAAGGCCUGACCUUCAGAAUCACCAGGGAAGAGAUGGAGAAUGUGAAAUACUAUCUGAAUAAUAACGGAUACUUUCCUCCAGGCACGCUUGCUGCCAGCAGAGCAUACAUUAAAAAUCUUGCAAAGAAGUUCUACGUGGUGGAGGACCUUCUCUUCUACAACAAACCAGAGGGAGACCCGCUGCUUGUUGUUUCCUGCGAUGAAGUUGAUCGGAUUAACGAGAUUUUGACGCACUUCCACACAGAAAACCACGUGCCCGCGCAGGUCAUGAUCCCCCUUGUGCAGCAAGAGUACUAUGGAAUAUCUAGAGAGUACAUCAGCGCAUGGGUGCAGAUGUGUCCUGUGUGCAGAAACAUCAUAUCAGGCAAGUCGUUCGCUAGGAGGUUCAAAGAAGUUGUAAAAGUGGUCAGAGAGCCAUGGUUUGCCAUCUGUCUGUUUUCGAUCGAGUGGCACGAGAUAGUGCCGGGGAAAGGAGGCAUACUUAUUUUUGUGAUGGAUGUGUACUCGCGGUUCACUUUUUACCUAGACAUGCCGUAUCUGGAGAUGUGCAAAGUGGUUGAUUAUUUGAAAGAGCUGUUCCUGCAGUACGGAAUUCCCGAAGUGGUAAAAAUACCAGAAGAAAAAAUGGACACGGAAGAAAUAAGAGAGCUGUGCGCGGCAGAUGACAUACAAAUAGUAAACAUAAAAGAGCAUCCGGAGCACUUCGUAUCAGAAACAUCCAGAAGUGCAGAGAUGCAGACAAGAUGGCUGCAGAUAGAGAUGCACAAGAUAAAAAGCCAAGCGCACAAUGAAGAGCUGAAGGAGAUCAUCCGCAAACAGAACUUUACAAUCACGGACAGGGGAGGAUUCAUGAAGCUGAGAAGGAUUCCCUCGGAUGUUUUCUUCAGAAGAGUAGUGCGCUCGUGGAAGACAAAAAGAUCAAAACGUUUUUUCAAAAGAUACAAAAUAUUGCGCAACGACCUGCCAUCUGCCAUCGAGCUGCUUCCAGAAGAUCCAAUGGCCACUGAAGCUCUGGAUGCGAAUCCUCCGGUUAAGAAGUGCAGGCUUAUGCGGCAGUUUGACAUAAAAACAGACAAAGAAAUAGAAAGAGAAGUACGGCCAUCUAAGGACAUAGAGAAAGAGAUAACGAUGUACAACUCCAGGGACCCUAUAAAUGCAAACACAGAAGCACCGCUGGAGGAAGACCAGUGCGUGAUUAAGAGCUUUAAGUACAAAGGAUUGAUCGUGCGACUCGUUACAGACUCGUCAAUGGGCACAUCAGAGAUGGGCAAGACGUGUAUUGAAAAGGUGGACAUUCGAGAACUAGCCAAGCAGAAUAACUGGCCAAUCGAUCCCCCGACAAACAACGAGUUCUGGAUACGCAGGAUAAACCCAAUGAGGGUUGAGUUCGAGCCAUACAAGUUCUGGGUCAUAAGACAGACAGAAGACGAGAGCGUGUACGAGGUGUAUAACAUAGACAAGAAAAUCAUUUCAAAGGUGAGAAAAGAGCGAAUAUUCAAGGCAAAGAAUGAGCUCAACGACAAGAGCAAGAGUCUUAUUGCCUUCCUGUUCGACAAGUUCAGCAGAGGAAAUGCUGCAAAAAGCGAAGAAAAUGAGACACACGACAGAGAGGGAAGUAAAUAA